GUUAUGUUUUAACAAACUGGUGAAUCGAUUAUUAUAUUAGUUAAUUUUAUUAUCUUAUCAGUUCCAGAAAUUUCUUCUAAAGCGUGUGAUCACAUUUGGAAAUUUUACUUACCUGUCUUUUUCUAGUACGUUAUAAAAUUCACUUGAAUGAAUGAGACGCUUGAAUGUACAAGUGUUGCGCUCUAUCGCUGAAUGAUAUCAUCAGUCGUGUUAUUAAAGUGUCUUCGACAAUCACACGUAGCGUGGAAAUCCUCGGUACGAUUGUGGUGUGUUAUACGCGAGUAUAAACCAAAGUAUAUAAAAUAGAACAUUCGGUGUAGAAUAUUUCACUGUGAUAAUGACGAAGAAAAUAUACUUCAUCAUUUCCCUUUUGAAUAUUUUGGUGUGCCAAGGAAACAGUUUAUACUGUUAUAGGUGUAACAGUAAUCAUCCUGGAUGUGGAACACCUUUAAAUUGGUUAUGGUAUUGGGGAGAAGUCUGUCCGGAAUAUGACGACAAGUGUGUGAAGAUAUUGGAACGUAAAGGAGCCGAGACAAUCAUUACACGUGAGUGCUUGAGCUCUGUACGUAGCUUCAGAACAGAUAUUCCUGCCGAUCACUAUGAAGGUUGUAGACCCGCUGCUAAAGAUGUACGAUUAGGGCAUUAUGUCAAUAACAGUAUUCAUCAGUUAGAUAUUCACCGCGACUAUUACGAUGAGGUUACUUGGUGUUUCUGCUAUUUUGAUAAUAGAUGUAAUGAUGCGGGAAGUGUUGCUGUUUCAAUGCUACUUUUAUCUUUAGGAAUUGCUGUACAUUAUUUUACAUCUUGAAACUGUCAUAAAAUAUCUCUUGCAGAAUCUCAUAUUUACUUUUUAAACUUACUAGGAAUUACAAAGGCUUCUUUGCAUUUAUAACACAAAGGAUAAAUCAACACAUCAUUUUUAAUGAUUUAGGUUAUAUAUGGACAUAUUGAGAUAUGUGUUCAUUUACCUUUAAGUAACUAAAACUUGCGCAACCAUUGAAAAUACAUAAGAUUUCAUGAUUUAGGAUAUGACAUCAAGGUUUAGAAUUUUACAACAUUUUGAUAUAUUCAAUAUUUGUAUUUAUAUUAAUAUAGCGUAUAGUGUAUCACACAUCUUAUGACGAUGUAUUUUAACUUACGUUAACUAUACAUAAUCCAUAUUAUUAACCUCUUGAGUGUUGUGAAUGUAUGUUUAACAAAUGCUGUCGGUGUGGACUGUGCACGCAGCCUAUGAAUUUCUUUGACUUAUACCUUCAAGUAUCAGUUAUCAACUGGGUACUUAUAUAUGUGUGUUCUUUCACAUGUUUUAACGAUAGUAACAAAUGAAAUAAUUUGAUUUGUCUCGGUUCAUUGAUUCGAUUUUUCAACGAGUUUUUUCAUUGGUUGACAGUCUAAAAUAUAUCCUCAGCGAUUGUUCAGCUCUGAAAUACUGCUCACUCAAAAUGUUAAUAUACAUUUGGAUAGGAUAAUAUAAAGGAUUUAUGUUAACAUAUUCAUAAUAUUUUUUAAAACGAGAUUGUUACAUAUCGCACAGCCGUCCAUUAAUAUAGUAAAUGAAAUGAAAUAUAUAUAUAUAUAUAAUACUUGCAUGUAUGUUUAUCAUACGAGAUUGCAAGAGGCGUAAUACUAUAACUAUUCUUUUUUUUUAAUAAGAACAGAAAAGUAAAUAUACUAUAAAUUUACUUGAAUUAUAUAUAUAUACAAUUUGCAAAACAGAAUUAUUACAUAUCGCACAGCCGUCCAUUCGUACAACUACACAUCUUUAUUUAGAAAAUGUUAUAAUUCAUCUGAAUUUUUAGAAUCACUUUAUGUAACAAGUACAAAUUUAUUCUUAACAUUCUACUAUAUUUUCCGCUAUAUUAUAAUUUUAUAUCGAUUUUGUAAAUUUUUAAUAUUACAAUAUAUAGCAUUUGUAAAAUAUAUUUCCCAGAUAUUGUUUCCUAAGCCAGUAAAUCCUUCUUUGCGUCAGGAUAAUUUUUGAUUGUACAUAAAUUUAUAUUCCAUUAUAAUUUAUACAUCUCAGAAUAUUACUUCAGGUUACAGCAUUUUUAU